GUCAAAAUGGCGUCCACCGGCGGAAAGUGGGAAGUUGUCCAAGGAAAAUCCAGCAAAAAGCGAGCAAACUUCGAUAAAAAGAAGGAAAAGCAAAAACAAAAUGGAGUUCUCAAGCUGGAAGAACCUAAUCCAGUCCCCCAGGCGCAGACUAUUUAUCAUGCAUUUGGAAAGAAGAAACAUGUACCAGAAAGCAGUCCACACAACCCUUAUGAGAACAAUGUUGAUGAUGAACAUGAAUCUGAUAAAGGACAGGAAAUCAAAAAGCCUGUAAUAAAGAAGAAGUUACCUCCAAAACCAUCAAAGAGUGACAGAGAGCUACUAGAGGAGGCCUUAAAAAAGGUUGACUUGGCAGUGAUGACAGAUGUCCUUGCUAAAGAUGAAGCUGCUUUCCCUAACAACCCAUCUCUUUGGCUUAAAGACAUUGCAUCUUAUCUUCAUCUGAAACUGCAAAAUGUUCCUGAGAAAGAUCCUGUGUUUGAUGGUCAGCCUAAAGACUACCCAUCCUGUUUGCUAACACAAGACAUGCAGUCUUUUUUCAUCAAAGUUCUCAAGAAUUCAUCCCAGACCACUAUCAACUUGUUUUUUGAAUAUCUUAUGAAUGAAAUGGUUUCAGAGCUAAGCAAAGGUCAUUCUGCAUAUGCCAUGCAAGCAAUGAUACAACUUACAGUUAAAGUCUGUCCUUCAAUAACAGUCAACAACCUAGAUGAGUAUGAGAAGAUGCUUGAUGCAAGGAAAAGUCGUACUAAAGAGGCCUUGUCAAUCAUGUGGGCACUGGGCCAGUUACCCACAAAUGACCAAGAUCAAGGCCUUGAAGUAUGGUUCAGGAUAAUGAUGCCAAUGAUACAGUAUAAACAGCUUGCUACCUUCUCUGUGUUGUACUUGGAGAAUUUACUGCAGACCUGCAGUGAUUCUACUCACAAGACUCUUCUUGGAUUUGAAGACUUCUUAAGUGUCAUGUCACUCACUCUGAGCUCAAAGUCACCAUUAGCAGGAAACCAUAGCUUAAAAAGGAAGAUGGUUUCUGCUUACCCCAAAAUAAAGGCUCUUUCCUUCAGUAGUAACCCUGCACAUGUUUACUUUCCCAUUCUGCUUGGCUAUCUCAAAUCAAUUGAUGAAAUGCCUCUUGAAUAUCGUACAGAGGUACUGGAUUGUCUGACAUUCUGUCUUCAAAGUGAUCCUCAAUGUUUUUCUCUUUGGAUGCAGUUGUAUCCAACUUCUCUCCCUGAAUCAAGUGUUCUUAUUUAUUACAUUGUUGAUACAUGGUCCACAAGAUCUGCCAAGGUCCCCAAAGCAUUGUUUCAAAGGCUUAUUUCUACAUUUCAAGUUUUUAAUGCCCAGCAAGAUAAAGGCAGUAAGAAUUUAGCUGGGUUUGAAGACUGUGUCAUGGCUUGUCAUGUUGCAGAAGAAAAGUCCAAAUGUCGUUCAUCGUUCUUUUCUAUCAAGAGACUUUUCAAGCUUGUUGUGUUCAUAUUGGUUGGUGUGAUUUGUGUAGAUCUUUACAAACACAAGGGAUAUCAAGGGAGUAAAACAUCUCGUUACGCCAAGGAAUACGGAAUAGAACAAGGAACAAUACGUCUUUAUGGACACGCCAAGAAUGGAUUCAACAAAGGAAAUAGUUGGAUUCAAGAGAAUUACCCUGCUUAUUACAGUCAAUUCAGAGAGUACGCAGACCCAGCUGCUGCCUACACUAAGGAAAAGUUCUUUAUAGCUUAUGACUAUAUCGCUGAACAAACUGAGCCGGCUAGAAAAUAUUUAAACAAGAAAAUACCCGAAAUCAUAGAAAAGGUUGAAACAGAGGCGCCAAAGUAUUGGGCAGUGGUCAGCGGUCAUGCAAAGUACUACUGGAACACGUAUUGGCCUGUUGUCCAUCAUUAUCUUGUUGUUGUACAAGAACUGUUUCUCAAAUACAUCCCUCCUUUGAUACAAAGACUUCAUGAGAUAUUAACUACACUAGCCACCAGGAUCUAUGAAUUGGCUCCUGAGUUUUUUGAUUCAGUUAUAGCAUGGUUUGACCAAGUUGGACAGUCCAUUACAGAGAAAGUCCCGGAUGUUAUAGCAGUAGUACAAGAAUACGCUGUCAUCGCGUCCAAUUUGAUCGUCAAUUUAGUCAAUAAUGCAAUUACCUGGGUACAAAGCUUAGCGGACAGUGCUGAACAAGCUGAGGAUGUCACGAAGCAAUCUACAACGAAGAGCUUUCCCAAGUAGUGGAAUCACCACCGAGAUCACUGACCUCACUCAGACUUACGUCCUGAUUUCUACAAACACGUAGUAUUUUUAAAUGCAAUUAAAUGACAUACUUGAAAACUCGUUGCUUGCUGCUAGCCAGAUGUCGUUGCUAGGAUCGAGCUAGGACAAUAUCAAUGCUCAGGCCGAUUUGUCAUUGCUAGAAAAAUGUCUUUUCUAGAGAACCUUCGCUACUAGAAAACUCGUAACAAAGAAAAUGUAAUCUUCACGAAACUGUCAUUGCUAGGAAACUGUCAUUGCUAGGAAACUGUCGUUGCUAGGAAACUGUCGUUGCUAGAAGCGUCAACAAUCACAUGCACAAAAAUCUGACUUUUUUGGAAAAUUUGAAUAUAUUUGUCGAAUGGCACACACAUGAAAUGCAAUUUUAUUAGGUACAGUUUGAUAUAAUAUAUAUACAGCGUACAAGAACGUUGAAAGCCCAUUAAAAGAUAAUUUACAAUCA